AUGAUUGCUGAAAUGAUUUAUAAUAUAUUAUCUAUAUCACCAAGAAUUCAUUUAAUGAUACGUUCAUUAUUUUAUAUGGAAGGAAAAAGAUUAUUUGAAGGUAAUCGAACAUUUGUAACUAAUUAUAAUUUAUAUUUACCGGUUUUAAAUGAUUUUAAAUUAUUUGAAAAGUUACAAAUAAAACAAUUCCUCGCUGAAAUAAAGAAUAAUAAAAUUCCACUUCAUGCUAUUUCAACAUUUAGUGAAGAUAAUUUUGAUAUUCAAUUAUUAUUAUUUAGUCAUAUUGAUG